AUGAAGCUGUUGACUAAGGAAGAGAUUGAGGCCCACAGGUCGCACACGCUGUCGGGUGGUAUUCAAGGCUGUGUUGCGGGUCUUGCGGUGAGUGCGCUGAUGUUCAAGUUUUUGCCUAGGCGGUACCCUAGCUUCAACCCUGCGCGCAUGACCUGGUCUAUCAAGACCGCGCUGUUUAUUACGCCUCCUACGCUGCUGACCGCUAUCUGUGCCGAGGAGGCCUCGAACAACUUCGACGCAACUAUGUACAGCUCAGGGUCCUCCUCGAAGGACGCCAUCGAGGAGCACCAGCGCUGGAAGAACUUGCCCUUGAAGGACAAGCUUGUCGAGGGUCUGUCCAACAACAAGUACAAGAUCAUCACCGGUGCGUGGGCCGCCUCUCUGUACGGGUCCUGGGUGCUGGUCGACCGUGACCCGAUCAUGACCACCGCCCAGAAGGCCGUCCAGGCCAGAAUGUACGCCCAGUUCAUCACCGUGGCCUUGUUGCUGGCCUCCGUCGGUCUAAGCAUGUACGAGGCUAAGCUACACCCCGACAAGAAGAAGCAAGGCGAGAAGAGACGCUGGGAGAAGGCCCUGCAGUACGCCGAGCAAGAGGAAAGAGAGGAGGCAGAGGCCAAGGCCCGCGGUUUUGUCUCCAACGAGGACAGAGUCAACGCCAAGAUCUACAAGUACAAAUAA